GCGAGCUCUAUCAUAUUACAAUCAAGACUUGGAAAUAGGUGAAAAAGUGCCGAAGGCAGAACAAAAUUGCCUUGUGCAGCUUAAUAGUAAUCUUCGGUUCACUUUAUCGUAAUCAGGAGCGCGUUUCAGAAGCACUAGAAAAGUACGAAAAGCUCUGAAUUUAUGUAAAAAAAUAUUACCUGACAUGCAUCUAGACGUCGCUACAAUCUAUAACGACAUUUCACAAAUAUACUAUGAUCAAGGUGAUUACGGAAAAGCAAUUGAGUAUUGGACCAAAACCUUUGAAAUUCAAAAGGCUUUACUUUCACCAAAUCACCCAGAUGUUGCUAGAACCUGUAAUAGUUUGUCCGAGGCUUUCUACAAAGACGGUGCACUUGAGUUAGCUUUAGCAUUGCGAGGAAAAUCAUAUGUAAUUGACUCUAAUAAUCUUCCCGACGAUCGUCCACAUGUGUUAAAUGGAGUGUUAUGGAUGAGAAACAUGGAAAAAGAACAUCCUGCAUGUAAUAUAUUCAGAAUUCUGCGUCCUUCGGCACCUGAUUCGUCUUCUACGUCUGCUUCCACCGAACGAGAAGAGUGUUGUAUAACUUAG